UGUACUGCUUCAAGGUUUCCCUGUACAAACAAUCGAUUUUCAGUUGCGAAUUCAGUCGAGACAGGGUAGUGCAGGUUUAUUCAUUGAACACUUGUCAGGUUCGGGUGACAAUUUAGACAUAGAGACAGGGAGAAGAGAGAGGAAAGGAUGGAAGGUUACGAUUGGGUUGCCAAGUCCAACCCGAGAGCUUGGUUGAUUCUUCGUCCCGACGCUUUAAGGCCAGAGAACGACUUUGUAAGGAGUUGUAGAGUCCACGGGGAAAAUGAGAGCAGCAAACCGUCGGUGCAACUGACCAUGCGACACGUAACAUGCAUAGAGGAUGCUGCCAUCUUCAUGGCACUCACGGCUACCGUUGACCAUAGCUUUGGUCUUUGGUUCAUUACUACAUGA